AUGCGGCCCGGUGAGAGCUUAGAGGGCUCGCGCUCGGCUCGCGGAAGAUGUAUUGAUGCUAAUAACAUUACUAAUAGCGGCACGGAACGCUGUCUCGCGCACCCCUCGUCGGCAAAGAGGAGGAUGAAGAGGGGUACGACGAAGAGGAGGAUGAGAGGGAUGAACGAGAGGAUGACGGACGGAGGAAUGACGGUGAUGCGCUGUUUUCUGUGGAGUCUCGUUCUCUGCUCGCUCUCCUCGCGCGCGCAAGGUUUCAUCUACACAUGUGGCGGUACACUGAAAGGCAGAAAUGGCAGUAUAGAAUCGCCAGGCUUUCCCUAUGGCUAUCCCAAUGGGGCGAACUGCACCUGGGUCAUUGUUGGGGAGGAAGGAAGUCGAAUCCAGCUCAUGUUCUUGUCAUUUGCCAUAGAAGAAGAAUAUGACUUCCUGUCCUUGUAUGAUGGACACCCGCACCCUGCUAACUUCAGGACCAGGCUAACAGGCUUCCAGGUUCCUCCCCCUGUCACCAGUACAGGAAAUGUCUUCUCUUUGAGGUUGACCAGUGACUUUGCUGUCUCGGCACAUGGCUUCAAACUCAACUAUGAAGAGCUCCACAGUACAUCGUGUGGAAACCCUGGUGUCCCACCCAAAGCAGUGCUGAGUGGUGGCGGCCGUUUUGCUGUGGGAGACCGUGUGCGGUACAGCUGUGUUCCUGGUUAUGUCUUAGAUGGCCAUGCCACACUCACCUGCAUUACCAAUGCUGGAAACACUGCUGUCUGGGACUUUCCUGCUCCGAUUUGUAGAGCUGAGGACACAUGUGGGGGCACUGUGAGGGGCGGCAGUGGGGUGGUGACCAGUCCCGGUUACCCCGGCAACUAUGGUAACCAGGCCGACUGUACUUGGAUCCUUUUGGCCGAACCUGGAGACACCAUCUCUGUCAUCUUUACAGACUUCCAGACAGAGGAGAAGUAUGACUACCUGGAAGUGGAGGGAUCUGAACCACCAACCAUUUGGUUGUCAGGCAGUAAUGUUCCCUCUCCCAUCGUUAGCAACAAGAACUGGCUCCGACUGCAUUUUGUGACUGAUGGCAACCACCGUUACCGUGGUUUCAGUGCACAUUAUCAAGUGAAGCGAUCAGUAGAUUUUAAAUCGCGGGGCGUUAAAUUAUUCCCUGGCAAAGACUCCAGCAACAAGUUUUCAAUAUUAAAUGAAGGUGGCGUGAGACAGGCGUCUAACUCCUGCCCUGACCCAGGAGAGCCAGAGAAUGGAAAACGCCAUGGCAGUGAUUUCAGCAUUGGCAGCGUGGUGCAGUUCAGUUGCGGAGAAGACUAUGUUCUUCAAGGCAGUAAAACCAUCAGCUGCCAGAGAGUGGCUGAAGUCUUCGCAGCCUGGAGUGACCACAGACCGGUCUGUAAAGUGAAGACAUGUGGCAGUAAUCUUCAAGGGCCGUCAGGAACCUUUACAUCUCCUAACUUCCCAAUUCAGUAUGAGAGCAACGCACAGUGUGUGUGGAUAAUUACUGCUUCAAAUCCCAAUAAGGUAAUCCAGAUCAACUUUGAAGAGUUUGACCUGGAGAUAGCCUAUGAUACUCUGACUAUAGGAGAUGGAGGAGAGGUGGGCGAUCCUACGACAAUACUACAGGUCCUAUCAGGUAGUUUUGUUCCUGACCUAAUAGUCAGCAUGACUCACCAGAUGUGGCUUCACCUACAGUCAGAUGAGAGUGUCGGCUCUAUAGGAUUUAAGAUCAACUAUAAAGAAAUAGACAAGGAGAGUUGCGGUGACCCUGGAACUCCUCUCUACGGAAUAAGAGAAGGGGACAGCUUCUCAAAUGGAGGAAUCCUGAGGUUUGAGUGCCAGUUUGGCUUUGAGCUGAUUGGAGAGAAAACGAUCUCUUGCCAAGACAACAAUCAGUGGUCAGCAAACAUCCCCAUAUGCAUAUUCCCUUGCAUGUCCAACUUCACAGCUCCCUCAGGAACAGUCCUCUCCCCAGAUUACCCAGAAGGCUACGGGAACAACAUGAACUGCGUCUGGCUCAUCCAAUCAGAUCCAGGCUCCAGAAUCCACUUGGCAUUUAAUGACUUUGACCUUGAGGCCCCCUAUGAUUCCCUAACGGUGAAAGAUGGCGAGACAAAUGAUGCCCUCGUCAUAGGGAGGUUCUCUGGAGCUGAGAGUCCUUCCCAUCUGACGUCCAAUACGAACACACUAAGACUGGAGUUUCAGGCCGACCACUCCAUGUCAGGACGAGGAUUUAAUAUCACAUACAGUACAUUUGGCCAUAAUGAGUGCCCAGACCCUGGCAUUCCCAUCAACGCGCGGCGAUUUGGAGACAGCUUCCAGCUUGGCAGCUCCAUCUCUGUGGUCUGCGAGGACGGUUUUAUCAAAACCCAGGGAACCGAGACCAUCUCCUGUCAGUUAGAAAGAGGAAAAGUCAUGUGGAGUGGGCCCAUCCCGAAAUGUGAAGCCCCAUGUGGAGGCCACUAUUCAGCCCCAAGUGGAGUGAUUUUGUCUCCUGGGUGGCCUGGGUACUACAAAGAUUCCCUUAGCUGCGAGUGGGUGAUUGAAUCAGAACCAGGACGCUCCAUCAAAAUCACAUUUGACAGGUUUCAGACAGAGCUGGGUUAUGACUUUCUGGAGAUCCACGAUGGGCCAAACCUCCUGUCUCCUUUGGUUGGCUCCUUUAAUGGUACCCAGGUGCCCCAGUUCCUAUUCAGCAGCAGCAACUUUCUUUACCUGCUGUUUACCACCGAUAACAGCCGAUCAAACGCUGGCUUCAAAAUAUUAUAUGAAAGUGUUACAGUGGACAGCUACUCAUGCCUGGACCCUGGUAUCCCUGUCAAUGGUAUUCGGUAUGGGCAGGAUUUCUCCAUCGGUUCCACAGUAUCAUUUGGUUGCGAUUCUGGCUACAGACUCAGCCAUGAGGAACCGCUAGUAUGUGAGAAGAACCACUGGUGGAGCCACCCCUUACCUACAUGUGACGCGCUAUGUGGCGGGGAUGUUAGAGGUCCCUGGGGAACCAUCCUUAGUCCCGGCUAUCCAGACAGCUACCCUUCAUCUCUCAACUGUACCUGGACUGUUGAAGUCAGCCACGGGAAAGGAGUCCAGUUUCAGUUCAAUUCUUUUCAUCUGGAGGACCAACAUGAUUACCUCUUGGUUACUGAGAACGGGAGUUUCCUGCAACCACUGGCUCGUCUGACCGGCAACGAGUUGCCUAGCAACAUCAAUGCUGGUCUCUAUGGCAACUUCAAAGCCCAGCUACGAUUCGUCUCUGACUUUUCCAUUUCAUAUGAAGGCUUCAACAUAACUUUCUCUGAAUAUACGUUGGAGCCAUGUGAGGACCCUGGGAUGCCUCGGUUCGGCAGGAGAAACGGCUACAGCUUUGGCGUUGGAGACACUUUGUCUUUUUCCUGCAAUAUGGGUUACCGCCUAGAGGGGGCGCCUGAGUUGAUCUGUCUGGGAGGAGGGCGGAGAAUGUGGAGCGCUCCUCUACCAAGAUGUGUCGCUGAGUGUGGUUCUUCAGUUAUCAACAAUGAAGGGAUCCUUCUCUCUCCAAACUACCCGAUGAACUAUGACAACAACCACGAGUGCAUCUAUAGCAUCCAGGUGCAGGCUGGGAAAGGCAUCAACAUCUCUGCUAGAACCUUUCAUCUGGCCCAAGGGGAUAUACUCAAGAUUUAUGACGGUAAAGACAACACAGCCCAUGUUCUCGGGGCAUUCACGGGAUCGUCUAUGUUGGGCCUGACGCUGAUCUCCACUUCAAACCAUCUCUGGUUGGAAUUUUACAGUGAUGCAGAAAGUACAGGGGAAGGAUUCAAACUGGUCUACUCGAGUUUUGAGUUGUCUCAUUGUGAGGACCCUGGCGUGCCUCAGUUUGGCUUCAAGGUCAACGACCAAGGCCAUUUCUCUGGGAGCAGCAUCACAUACAGAUGCGAGCCUGGAUACACACUGCAUGGGGCUUCCACUCUGAAGUGUAUGACAGGAGAAAGGAGGGCCUGGGAUAACCCUCUGCCUUCUUGUAUUGCGGAGUGUGGUGGUCGUUUUAAAGGCGAGUCUUCAGGGAGGAUCCUUUCUCCUGGAUACCCUUUUCCUUAUGACAACAAUCUACGCUGCACCUGGACCAUCGAGGUGGACUCAGGAAACAUUGUGAGUCUUCAGUUCUUGUCCUUUGACACGGAGGCCAGCCACGACAUGCUGAAGGUUUGGGACGGACCACCGGAGAAUGAAAUGUCUCUGGCAGAACUCAGUGGUUCUCUGCUACCUGAAGGAAUCCACUCCACACUGAACACUGUCACUGUUCAGUUUGAGACUGAUUUUUACAUCAGCAAGUCUGGAUUUGCUAUUCAGUUCUCUAGCUCAGUAGCUACAGCCUGCAGGGACCCAGGUGUACCAAUGAAUGGCAGUCGUAGUGGAGAUGGCCGUGAGCCGGGGGAUUCAGUGUCCUUUCAGUGUGACCCAGGAUACGAGCUCCAGGGAGAUGACAAAAUCACCUGUAUACAAGUGGAUAACCGAUACUACUGGCAGCCCAGCCCGCCUGUCUGCAUAGCUCCUUGUGGAGGAAACCUAACUGGCUCCAAUGGAUUUAUACUGUCUCCUAACUACCCACAUCCCUACCCUCACUCCAAGGACUGUGAUUGGCUCAUUGCUGUAAACUCUGACUACGUCCUGUCACUGGCCUUCAUCAGUUUCAAUAUUGAGCCAAACUACGACUUUUUCUAUGUCUGAGGUCCGGAUAGCAACAGUCCUCCUGAUUGCGUAGGCUUCCAGACAGGCAAACUUCCCCAGAGCGGAUACGAGAGCAUGUUCGAAAUACCAUGCAUUUAGCAUUCGCAGUGGUUCGGGUCUGUUUCUUACACUGGCUUUCACUUGGAAUACAAAGCCAAACUGAGGGAAUCAUGUUUCGACCCAGGUGUGGUUCUGAAUGGGACCAGGCUGGGAUCUGAUUAUAAGCUUGGAUCUACUGUCACCUUCUAUUGUGAGGCCGGAUACGUUUUGCAGGGCUAUUCUACCCUAACCUGCAGUAUGGGAGAUGAUGGCAGACCUGGGUGGAACAGGGCAUUGCCUAGUUGUCAAGCUCCCUGCGGAAGUCGUUCUACAGGAUCAGAAGGGACUGUUCUAUCUCCAAAUUUCCCAAGAAACUAUACCUCUGGACAGACCUGUGUCUACUCUAUAUCUGUACCUCGGGAGUUCGUCCUCUUUGGUCAGUUUGUGUUGUUCCAGACAUCUCUAAAUGAUGUGGUGGAAAUCUACGACGGACCCACUCAGCAAAACACACUACUAUCUUCUCUCUCUGGGUCCCACUCUGGUGAGUCUCUCCCUCUGAGUUCGGGGAACCAGAUUACGAUAAAGUUUACCACAGUCGGACCAGAAACUGCUAAGGGAUUUCACUUCGUCUACCAAGCUGUACCGAGGACCAGCUCCACCCAGUGCAGUUCGGUCCCAGAGCCACGCUUUGGGAAGCGUCUCGGUAAUGACUUUGCAGUCGGCUCCUUGGUGCAGUUUGAGUGCAACCCUGGUUACCUUCUACAUGGCUCUACUGCCAUACGGUGUGAGAGUGUACCAGACAACCUGGCACAAUGGAAUGACACCCUGCCAACAUGCAUGGUUCCCUGUGGGGGCGUGUUGACCUCUCGUCGUGGGACCAUCCUGUCACCCGGAUAUCCAGAGCCCUACGACAACAACCAGAACUGUGUGUGGAAGGUCUCUGUUCCAGAAGGGGCUGGAAUACAGAUACAAGUUGUGAGUUUUGCCACCGAGCACAACUGGGACUCUUUGGAUUUUUACGAUGGUGCUGACAAUCAUGCACCAAGACUGGGAAGCUACUCUGGCACAACCAUCCCGCCUCUCCUGAAUAGUACAUCUAACAACCUCUAUCUCAGCUUCAGCUCUGAUAUUAGUGUCUCAGCUGCUGGUUUUCACCUGGAAUAUACAGCUAUUGGUCUGGAGUCAUGUCCAGAGCCUCAGACUCCAAGCUAUGGAAUAAGACAAGGAGACAGGUUUAUGGUGGGAGACGUUGUGCAGUUUUCAUGUGAACAAGGAUACUCUCUUCAGGGCAAUGCCCAUAUCACCUGCAUGCCUGGACCUGUUAGAAGAUGGAACUACCCUGUACCACUAUGUCUCGCCCAGUGUGGUGGGUCUAUGAUAGAUGUAAGUGGAGUGAUUCUAAGUCCUGGUUACCCCGGCAACUACCCAAGUGGAUUAGACUGCACAUGGACAGUCAACUUACCUGUCGGCUUUGGUAUCCAUCUCCAGUUUCUGAACUUCUCCACUGAAGCGAUCCAUGAUUACUUAGAGAUCCGCAGUGGAACGCUGGAGACGGGCUCGGUCAUUGAUCGGUUCAGCGGUCCAGUCAUCCCCAAGUCUCUGUUCAGCACCACUCACCAGACCAGCUUUUUCUUCCACAGUGACUAUUCACAAAACAAACCAGGGUUCCACAUGACAUAUCAAGCCUACCAGCUCCAGAGUUGCCCAGACCCUCGGCCCUUUCGAAAUGGCAUCGUGAUUGGCACAGAUUUCAGCGUUGGGAUGACAGUGUCUUUUGAAUGUCUGCCUGGAUAUUCUCUGAUCGGGGAAGCUUCCCUCACAUGUUUACAUGGAAUCAGCAGGAACUGGAAUCACCCUCUACCACGAUGUGAAGCUCUCUGUGGUGGCAACAUCACAUCGUUAAAUGGAACCAUUUACUCUCCUGGUCACCCCGAGGAAUAUCCCAACUUCCAGGACUGUGUGUGGAGUGUUAGAGUUCCUCCUGGACAUGGGAUAUACAUCAAUUUUACUGUGCUGAGCACUGAGCCCAUAUAUGACUACAUUACUGUCUGGGACGGUCCAGACCAAUCAUCUCCUCAGAUCGGCCAGUUUAGUGGGAACACUGCUUUGGAGUCUGUCUACUCGACCUCCAACAUCAUCCUCAUAAAAUUCCACUCUGACUUCUCUGGAGCCGGCUUCUUUGUCUUAAGCUACCAUGCCUACCAAUUAAGGGUUUGCCAGCCUCCUCCAGAAGUGCCCAAUGCUGUCAUGCUGAUGGAGGACGGCGAGUUGGAGAUAGGUGACAUCAUCAGGUACAGAUGCCAUCCUGGAUUCUCAUUGGUUGGCAGUGAGAUUUUAACAUGUCGCCUUGGAGAAAGACUACAGAUGGAUUCACCACCUCCAACCUGCCAAGUCCAAUGCCCUGCACACGAUGUGCGAUAUGACUCGUCAGGUGUCAUCCUGAGUCCCGGUUGGCCAGAAAGCUACCCGAACCUUCAAAUGUGUUCAUGGAGCGUUACAGUAGAGAAAGGAUACAACGUCACCAUUACCUUUGAAAGUUUCCACACUGAGAGAGAGUUUGACGUGUUGGAGAUUUUUGAUGGUCCAACAGCCAACAGUCCCACUCUGACAACGCUGAGCGGCGACCUGCCAACACCCUUUAACCUCACAACCUCUGGUCACCAGUUCCUGGUCCGCUGGUCUUCUGACCACGGCACAAACAAGAAAGGCUUCAAAAUUCGCUAUGUUGGUGAGUACCAAACACUUUACUGCUCAACACCAGACUCUCCGCUCCACGGCUCCAUCUCCUCGCAGAGCGGCGGCCAUGUCAACAGUGUGGUGCGAUGGGCUUGCGACCGUGGUUACCGUCUCAUAGGCAACGCCACGGCAACCUGCCGCCGCACAUCACUCGGCUACCACGCAUGGGACUCUCCUGUACCUGCAUGUCAAGCUGUCUCAUGUGGGGCACCCAAGGCUCCUAUAAAUGGCGGCGUUUUAACAGCUGACUACUCCGUCGGAACAAGAGUUUCCUAUUUUUGUAACGAUGGGUACAGACUGUCCAGUAAAGAACUGACGUCAGCCAUCUGUCAGCCUGAUGGAACAUGGAGCAACCAUAAUAAGAUACCACGAUGUUCUGUGGUGGUGUGUCCCAGCAUAGGGUCAUUUUCUUUGGAGCACGGACGCUGGAGGAUUGUCAACGGCUCACACUAUGAAUACAGAACUCGCAUUGUGUUUACCUGCGAUCCGGGAUACUACAGAUUAGGACCCGCCCACAUCCAGUGCUUACCCACUGGUGUGUGGAGCUGGAGAAAUGAGAGACCACACUGCCAGGUUAUAUCCUGCGGUGAGCUGCCAUCUCCACCCAAUGGGAAGAAGAUUGGUACUCAGACAACAUUUGGUGCUACAGCCAUCUUUACCUGCGAUGCCGGCUUCAUGCUGGUGGGGUCAGCGGUCAGAGAGUGCCUGUCAUCUGGGCUUUGGAGUGGAACAGAAACACGAUGUUUAGCUGGUCACUGUGGAAUCCCAGAAGGCAUUGUGAAUGGCCAGGUGAUAGGGGAGAACUUUGGAUACCGUGAUACGGUCGUGUAUCAGUGUCUGCCUGGCUUUCGACUAAUAGGCUCAUCAGUUCGAAUCUGUCUCCAAGACAACCAGUGGUCUGGACAGCUGCCCGUCUGUAUAUCCAUCAGCUGCGGCCAUCCAGGAAGUCCCAUAUAUGGCCGUACUGUGGGAAACGGCUUCAACCUCAACGACGUGGUCAGCUUUGUUUGUAACCGGGGCUAUGAAAUGGAGGGGCCCGCACGGGCUCAGUGUCAGGCCAACCGCCAGUGGAGCCACCCGCCACCAACAUGUAAAGGUGGGGAGAAAAUGGUCAAUUGCUCCGAUCCAGGUAUCCCUGCCAACUCCAUCCGACAGAGUAAAAUAGAGCAUGGGAACUUUACUUUCGGCACCGUGGUUUUCUACGACUGUAACCCAGGAUAUUACCUGUUUGGAUCACCCGUACUGACCUGUCAACCUACUGGACAGUGGGACAAACCUCUACCUGAAUGUAUAGUUGUAGAUUGUGGUCAUCCUGGCUCUCCCCCUAACGGUGUGCUGAGUGGAGAUAAGUUUACAUUUGGUUCAACGGUUCGAUACUCCUGUCUGGGCGGAAGACAGCUGAAAGGAGAAUCAUCCAGGACUUGUCAGCUCAAUGGGAUGUGGAGUGCCCCCAUGCCCUUCUGCUCUGGCGACACAGCUGGUUCCUGUGGCGAUCCUGGCAUUCCCUCCCAUGGUUCGAGGGAACAAACGGAUUUCAGGAUCCGUUCCAAGGUUCACUUCAGCUGCACCGAGGGCUACGAUCUGAUCGGUUCAUCAGAGAGGAUGUGCUUCCCUAAUGGGACCUGGUCCGGCACACAGCCCUUCUGUAAAGCUGUCCAGUGUGGUAACCCUGGCACUCCCAGCAAUGGCAGAGUAUUUCGUUUGGAUGGAACAACAUUUUCUCACUCUGUCAUCUACUCCUGCAUGGACGGCUACCUGCUCACCGGCGCCACCACUAGGCUGUGUCAAGCCAACGGGACCUGGACAGGAGUACAGCCCAACUGUACCAUGAUAAACUGCGGGGAUCCAGGUGUGCCGGCUAGUGGCCUUCGCUAUGGAGAAGACUUCACGAUUGGUCAGAAUGUGUCCUUCCAGUGCCAACCAGGAUACAGAAUGGAGGAGGAUGGAUCACCUGUCAGGACAUGCACUCAAAAUGGGACGUGGAGUGGGAACAUGCCUAUAUGUACAGCUGUGACCUGCCCGGCUCCCCCUGCUAUCAGUAAUGGGGUACUGCAGGGCAGUGACUUUGAAUGGGGCAGCAGUGUGAGCUACAGCUGCUCACCUGGAUAUGAGCUCUCAUUCCCAGCUAUCCUUACCUGUGUAGCCAAUGGCACCUGGAGCGGCAUGCUACCACAGUGCUUACCCAAGUUUUGUGGUGACCCAGGUAUUCCAGUUGGUGGUUUCAGAGAGGGACGAAGUUUCAUCUACCAAUCGGAAGUGUCCUUCAGUUGUGCUUCACCUCUCAUUCUGGUCGGCACAACAACCAGACUUUGUGAAAGUGAUGGUACCUGGAGUGGCACACAGCCACGCUGUAUUGAGCCGACCAAAACCAGCUGUGAUAACCCAGGAACACCACGCUAUGGCUCCUUAAACCGGACCUACGGUUUCAAGGUGGGGAGCGUAGUGUCAUUUCAGUGCCAGCCAGGUCAUCUGAUUCAGGGCUCUUCCUCUAGAACCUGCCAGCCUGAUCUGACAUGGAGCGGAGCGCAGCCCGAAUGCAUACCCCAUGCCUGUAAGCAGCCAGAGACCCCACUCCAUGUGGACGUGGUGGGGAUGGAUCUGCCUGGGUUUGGCUACACCUUGGUGUACAGCUGUCAGCAUGGCUACUUCCUGGCAGGGGGUUCUGAACACAGAGUCUGCAAGAGUGACAGCACUUGGACAGGAAAGAUGCCAAUAUGUCGAGCUGGCGAGAAGAAGAAGCCUGUCAAACCAGCAACAGGAACUCCUAGCCCCAAACUAAAUGUUCCAGACGAUGUCUUUGCUCCGAACUACAUAUGGAAAGGUUCCUAUAAUUACCGUGGGAGGAAGCAGCCUAUGACACUGAGUAUUACCAGCUUCAACUCCACAACAGGGAGAGUCAACGUUUCCCUUAGCAAUGGCAACAUGGACCUGCUCCUAUCAGGAGUGUAUAAGGCUUCUGAGGCCAGGCUGUUACUGCUGAUGUACCAGGUGAACUAUGUGAACCAGGGAAACCAGCUGAAAGAUUCCGCCAUCUCUCCAGCUAAAAUCAUAGAUGACUCUUGGACCAUGGAUGGAUUUGUAUCAGCAGAGCCUGAUGGUUCUAGUUACGUAUUCCAGGGUUUCAUUCAGGGAAAAGACUACGGACAGUUUGGACUGCAAAGACUGGGUUUGAAUAUGUCAGAGAGUCAGAACUCGCCACCGCCUCAGCUCGGUACCAACAGCAGUUCUGUGGCUAUCGCUAUUCUGGUGCCUUUCUUCGCUCUAAUAUUCACUGGCUUUGGCUUCUAUCUCUACAAACAAAGAACAACACCAAAAACACAGUACACAGGCUGUUCAGUCCAUGAAAACAACAACGGGCAGGCUGCCUUUGAGAACCCCAUGUACAACACCAACGCCAAGGCUGUGGAGGGGAAGGCUGUUAGAUUCGAUCCAAAUCUAAAUACUGUCUGCACCAUGGUCUGAGGAUUGAUUAUCCUCACUUGAACUUAAUGACUCAGAUAUCUAAUGGGACCACAAUUGGUACGAGGCUGUGGAGGAGAAAGCCGUAUGCUUCGACUACAUCCUCAACAUCGUCAGCAACAUGGUCUAUUCAUUGAUUACAGAAGACCUCCAGUCCCAGUUCAGAAACCUGAUCUCGCCAAGCAGUGGGAAAGGCGUCCAAAUGAAACCAAAGCCCAGCCUUGGUUCCUUUCACUUACAGCAUUUUGUAUCCACAAAUGAAAUC